AUGCGGUGUUUUGCAUCUGUGGCAGGCAUUGAGGGAAGGAAGGAGCCGUGGCCGCACAACAGCAGCGGCAGCAUGUCGGCCCUUUUGCCGAAGGAGGCGGUGGCGCUACUGUACCGGCGCUAUCUAAAGGCCGCCAACCGUAUCCCAAACGUCACCAUCCGCAUGCUGCUGCUGCAGCAGAUCCGCUCCGGCUUCAGGCGCAAUCAAGGCGUCACAAGCCCCUCCGCGCAGCGCGAACUCGUCAGCCAGGCGCACAAGGACCUACAGGUGCUCGAGGAUGACCGUCUCUCGCGCACACUGUACAUCAACCGGCUUGGCCUCGUCUCCUGCCUUGAUUGGGAGGUGCGCCGAACGGAGUACAACUUCACCCCCGAGACUCAGUACUUCCUCUCCGCGUUUCUCUUCCUCGGCUUUCUCUUCAUCGCUGUGGUGGUGACGAGCGCGAAGCCGGUUGAGGUGCGGCAUCCUGAGCUAAGCAAGAUGGUGGGUGGGAUGGCGAUGCGGCUCGAGGCCGACUCGCCGGAUGAGCUGCGUGCGUUGCGCGAGCGGCAGCUGCGCUCCAGCCUGGAGCAGCAGCAGCACCGGCUGUCGCUGGAGCAGCGCGUCCUCGCGACGUUUCACGAGGCACCUAACGUGAAGGUGUCGGCGCCGUCGUUGCGCAACCCCGACGGGGUGGUGCGCUACGGGGACUGA